UUAGUCCAUUCAGAAUUCAGAUUACUACUCUGUCUGGCUCUCACUCUCUCACACACAAACACACACUAAAUCGAUUAAUUUUUUUCUGCUGGACUUCUGAUUCGCUGUGGGAGAGGUGAUCCGUGGAGUUUCAAGCUCCGUUUCAACUCGAAAUUCGAAGGAUCAAGCUCACUUGUGUUAAAGAAAAAGAUUUCAUUGUCUCAUUGGAGAGCACCAACUUUGUUCUUCUGAUAAACACUGUGUUCUUAUUGAAGCUUUGAGGAACACUCUGUGAAAACCACACACGGAAAUGAAGAAGAAGAGUUUCAGAAAUCAAAUUAAUUCGAUCUUUGGAAGUCAUAUUGAUCCAGACAAAGAUGAGGAACUUAAAGGCAGUAAUAUAGAAAUGGAAGAUAAUUAUAAGAAGAUUCUAGAGCUUCUAAAAGAGGAAGACAGUCAUGACAGAGACAAACUUGUUGAGUUGAUUGAAGAUUUCCACAAACAUCAUCAAUCCAUUUACAACCGUUAUGAUCACAUCACAGGAGAGCUGAAGGCAAAAGUUCAUUCAAAGAAAGAUAAUGACUCUUCUUCCUCAUCCAGUUCAGAUUCAGAUUCAGAUGAUCCUAUAAACAAGAAAGGCAGUAAAAAUGGGAAGUUGAAAGUAGCAUACAUCCUCAAGGAACAACUUCAAGCAGCAAAUACCGAAAUUGAAGAGUUGACAAAAAAGUUGACUCUUGCAACAGAAGAAAAAGAAGCAUUGAGUUCAGAAUGCCAGGCUGCUUUGAACAAAGAACAAGAAACAGAGAAGAUGUUGGGAGAGUUGAAACUCGAAGUUGAUAGAUUGCAUGAAGAAAAUUCUAAACUUUCAGCUGAAUUUAGUCAGAAACUAGAAGCAACAAAAGAGGAGCUAUCAAAUGUAACUAAAACACUAGAAGCUACAGAAGCAGAAAAGAAGUCUCUAUCAAUAAAGGGAUCCGAGUUAGCAGAUGAAAUCCAAGAACUUGCCACAAAAUGUAGCCAAUUACAAGAAAAGUUAUCUGACAAAGAGAAUGAGCUUCUUAAUCAUUUAGAGAUGCAUACAUCUCACAAGAGUGAGACAGAAAUCAGAAUGAGGGGUUUUGAAGAAGAACUUGGAUCUUUGCAUUCCAAGAAAAGUGAGAUUGAGAAACAGAAAGAAGAGGAGAUGUCGAUUCUCACCAAGAAAUAUGAAGAUAAAGAGAAAGAAUCUCUAUCUCAGAUAGAGAAUUUGACAGAAACACUUAGCAACUUGGAAAAAGAAGUGGAAUCCUUUAGCACUCAGAAAAGUAAACUGGAAGAAAAUGUGCAGGCUUUAUUGAAUAAAAUCAAUGAAAAGGAGGGAGAGAUAGCGUCUCUAUGCAGUCAAAAAUUUGAAUCAGAAAGUCAAUUGGAGAAAAGUGGUCAAGAAAUUGCAGAGUAUGUUAUUCAGAUAGGGAAUUUCAGAGAACAGGUUUCUAAAAUGACUAUGGAUCUAGCAAAGACUGUGGAAGAGAAGGAAGGUUAUGAGUCAAAAGUCAAAGAUCUAGAACUGAAGCUUGAAUCCUUGAAUAGCCUGAAAGAUGAACUAGAAUUGCAAGUUGAGAAAAAGGGUAUUGAAAUUUCUGAAGUUUUGAUCCUGAGUCAAAGUUUGAAAGAAGAACUUGAACACAAGGCGCAAGAACAAGUGAAGACUGUGGAAGAGAAGGAAGGCUUUGAGUCAAAGGUGAAAGAUCUAGAAUUGGAGCUGGAAUCCUUGAAGAACCUGAAAGGUGAAUUAGAAACUCAACUUGAGAAAAAAGGUAUUGAGAUUUCAGAACUUUUAAUCUCAAAUGAAAGUCUGAAAGAAGAACUUGAAAAGAAGGUGCAAGAACAAGCGAAGACUGUGGAAGAGAAGGAAGGUUAUGAGUCAAAGGUCAAAGAUUUAGAAUUGGAGCUGGAAUCCUUGAAGAACCUGAAAGAUGAAUUGGAAACUCAACUCGAGAAAAAGGGUAUUGAGAUUUCAGAACUUUUAAUCUCAAAUGAAAGUCUGAAAGAAGAACUUGAAAGCAAGUCCAAGGAUCAAGAGAAGACUCUAGAAGAGAAGGAAGGCUACGAGUCAAAGGUCAAAGAUCUAGAAGUGGAGCUUGAGUCAUUGAAAAACCAGAAAAAUGAAUCAGAAAUGCAACUUGAGAAAAAGAGUAUUGAAAUUUCAGAAUUCUUAAUUCUGACUCAAAGUCUGAAAGAUGAAGUUGAAAACAAGUCAAGGGAUCACGCGAAGACCACAGAAGAGAAGGAAGGCUAUGAGUCUCAGGUCAAAGAUCUAGAAUUGAAGCUCGAAUCACUAAACACACUGAUAGUUGAUUUAGAAACAGUAAUUGAGAAAAAAGCUACUCAAAUUUCAGAACUCUUAGUCUCAAGUGAAAGUCUGAAAGAGGAACUUGAAAGCAAGUCAAAAGAACAAGCCAAGACCAUGGAAGAGAAAGAAGUUUGUGAAUCAAAGGUUAAAGAUUUGGAAUUGGAGCUCGAGUCCUUGAAAAAACUGAAAAAUGAAUUAGAAACUCAACUCGAGAAAAAGGGUGUUGAGAUUUCAGAACUCUUAAUCUCGAGUGAAAUUCAGAUAGAAGAACUUCAAAACAAGUCACAAGAUCAAGCAAAGACUUUGGAAGAAAAGGAAGGGUUGGAGUCAAAGGUCAAAGAUCUAGAAUUGGAGCUUGAAUCACUGAAGAACCUGAAAAAUGAAUCAGAAAUGCAUCUCGAGAAAAAGGGUAUUGAAAUCUCAGAAUUCUUAAUUCUGACUCAAAGUCUGAAAGAAGAAGUUGAAAGCAAAUCCAGGGAUCACACGAAAACCAUUGAAGAGAAAGAAGGCUAUGAGACACGUGUCAAAGAUCUGGAACUGAAGCUUGAAGAAUUCAACAACCUGAAAAUUGAAUUAGAAGCACAACUUGAGAAAAAGGGUACUGAAAUUUCAGAAGUCUUGAUCCUGAGUCAAAGUCUGAAAGAAGAACUUGAAAGCAAGUCAAAAGAACAAGCGGAAGAGAAGGAAGGAUAUGAGUCAAAGGUCAAAGAUCUGGAACUAAAGCUCGAAUCCUUGAACACCCUGAAAAAUGAAUUAGAAAUUGAAGUUGAGAAAAAGGGUAGUGAAAUUUCAGAACUUUCAGUCCUGUGUCAAAGCCUGAAAGAAGAAAUUGAAAGCAAGUCAAAAGAGCAAUUAAAGACCAUGGAAGAGAAGGAAGGGUACGAAUCACAAGUCAAAGAUCUUGAAUCAAAGCUCGAAUCAUUGAACAGUUUGAAAGUUGAAUUAGAAACAGAAGUGGAGAAAAAGAGCACUCAAAUUUCAGAACUUUCAGCAUUGAGUGAAAGUCUGAAAGAGGAACUUGAAAGCAAGUGUAAAGAACAUGCAAAGAUUGUGGAAGAGAAGGAAGGGUAUGAGACAAAAGUCAAAGAUCUAGAACUUGAGCUCGAAUCUUUGAACAACCUUAAAAGUGAAUCAGAAAUGCAUAUUGAGAAAAAGGGUAGUGAAAUUACAGAACUCUUAAUCCUGUCUCAAAGUCUGAAAGCUGAACUUGAAAGCAAGUCAAAAGAUCAUGCAAACACCAUGGAAGAGUAUGAGACAAAAGUCAAAGAUCUUGAAUUGAAGCUUGAAUCAUUGAACAGUUUGAAAGUUGAAUUAGAAACAGAAGUUGAGAAAAAAGGUACUCAAAUUUCAGAACUUGUAGUCUUGAGUGAAAGUGUGAAACAGGAACUUGAAAGCAAAUCACAAGAUCAAGUGAAGACUUUGGAAGAGAAAGAUGGCUUUGAGUUGAAAGUCAAAGAUCUUGAAUUGGAGCUGGAUUCCUUGAAAAUCCUGAAGAAUGAAUCAGAAAUGCAACUUGAGAAAAAGGGUAUUGAGAUUUCAGAGCUCUUAAUCCUGACUCAAAGUCUGAAAGAAGAAGUUGAAAGCAAGUCAAAAGAACAAGCAGACCAGAAGGAAAUGUAUGAGUCAAUGGUCAAAGAUCUAGAAUCGCAGCUUGAAUCAUUAAACAACCAGAAAGUUGAAUUAGAAACAGAAAUUGAGAAAAAGGGUGCUCAAAUAUCAGAACUUUUAAUCCUGACUCAAAGUCUGAAAGAAGAAGUUGAAAUCAAGUCGAAAGAACACACGGAAGAGAAGGAAUGCCAUGAGUCAAAGGUCAAAGAUCUGGAACAGAAGCUCAAUGAAUUGGAAACUGAAGUGGCAAAAAAGGGUGCUGAAAUUUCAGAACUAUUAAUCUUGAGUCAAAGUUUAAAAGAAGAAAUCGAAAGCAAGUCAAAAGAUGAAGAAAAAACAGUAGAAGAGAAGAAAGAUUUGGAAAUUCAGAUUGAAAGAAUGAAUCAAGAGUAUUCAGAAGCAGAAGUGAAAAUCAAAGAAAUGGCUGAAGAGAUUCAGUCAAAAGAACAAAAGCUUGACCAAAUGGAGGAAGCCAUUGAAGACCUGAAAGGAGACCUGGAAAUCAAAGGAGAAGAAGUCAACACUUUGACCGAAACAGUCCGAAACCUUGAAGUCAAAAUCCGCCUCACAAACCAAAAGCUUCGUGUAACAGAACAAACACUAAACGAAAAAGAAGGUGAUCAUGCAGGAAAAGAAGAAAAACUCCAUCAAGAAAACAAAUCCCUCGUAGAAAAAAUCUCAACUUUAUCCAAAACAAUCACUUUUUACAAAGAAACCGAAGAGAUUAUCAAGAAAGAGAUUUCAUCAAAAGUCAACGAGAUUUCAUCCGGGAUUGACUCGCUCACUGUGAAAUUUGAAGAAGAUCAAGGACACAUCUCGACACGGGUUUACGAAAUCAUGAAUGAAAUUCAAGCUGCAAAGGUUUUGAUGAAAGAAAAGAUGGUGAAAAUGGUGAAGGAAUUGAAGGUUGUUGAAGGUGAGAAGGAGAGAUUAAUGAAAUCAGCUGAUGAGAAAAUUAGUGAAAAAGAUAACAAGAUUAAGGAGCUUGAAAUUUUGGUUAAUGUGAAAGAUAAAAAUUUACUGGAUUUAGGAGAGGAGAAGAGGGAGGCGAUUAGACAGUUGUGUAUUUUGGUUGAUUAUCAACGUGAUCGUUAUGAUCAUUUGCUAUCCAGGAAAAUGACAGUUGGAAGAAGGCAAACUGCAAGGUAAAUAUUUGGUUUUUGAUUUUUGAAAAGUUUAAUAUCCGGAUGUUUUUGUUUUUGUUUUUGUUAUGUAUGAUUGUGUGUUGUAAGUAAGGUCUAUUGAUUAUUGGAUUGGGGUAGAUUUAUUUGUAUUGUUUGUGUAUAGGAAAUUACUUUUGUUAUUUCCUAGUCUGUAUUAUUUAUUCAUUCAGGGAUAUUACUUAUUUUUGGACACAUUAUAUUUAUAUGUCUCUUUUGUUGCA